UUUUGCCGUCGUAUCGGAGGGGGAGGAGGAGCUUCAACGUCUCCUUGUCGGGGACGGCUGCGGGGGACGACAUUAUCGGCGUUGGGGGGGACGGAGGACGUUGCGGGGGCGGAGGCGGCUGUGGUGGCCCUCCGCUGGUCGAACUUCGAGAGGAGCGAGUGCUCGAGCGGCCUCUUGGCGGAGUCGGCGGUGAAGGCGCCGAAGAAAGUUCGGAGGAGGGGUUACGUACGUCAGGGACUGCUGACACUCCUUCUUCACUCGCACUCUCCUCAGGCUCAGGCUCUGGCGCAGGAUCUGGAGGGAGAUCUCCUCGCGCUUGACCUGGAUCGGCGACGACAGUUUGAGGGAGACGGGAGCUGGGGGAGACAGGGCGAGAAUGCCGCGAGGCAGAUCGAGACGCGAGGGUGCUGCGGGGACCGAGGGGCGAGGGUAAUCCUCCUCGAUCGAUCGGGGUGUCCGAUUGGGGCACGGCUGCUGCUCGCAACGAUAGAGGAUAGUCUCAGGGCCAUCUGGGAUGUAGACGUCGAUGAGAUCCUGGGAGUCGAAUGCGUGGAUCUGGCCCUGACAAGCAGCCACGGUGGAUGGGGGGAGGACGGGGAGGUGCGCGUACUACAAUGGCCGUGCUACACUAGCUUACGCUACGGCGCCCGAGAAGACACUAGGGGACAAGAGGUCGAAACUGAGGUCCCUAGGGCAGCAGAGGCCGGCUUAUAUACAGGGGAGAUUAAGGGCAGGCUGUGCGCGCUGGUCCGUGCACAGCUGGUCCGUGCACAGCAUGCCGACGCGGCCCCAGGGGCCGUAGAUAACGACAUGUCCAUAUCCGGCAGGUAG